AUGGAUGAGGUGAAUACAACAGAAAGGACAUUAUCCAAAGAAGAAAAAUUAUGCGAAUCUCAUUUUGUGCAGAACGUCCAUACAAAUAAAGAAGGACGUUUUGUGGUAAGGUUGCCGUUUCUGGAAAACUCAUUGACGUUAGGGGAAUCUCAAGAAACAGCUUGGAGAAGGUUCAUCAGUCUUGAACGACGACUAGCAAAAAAUGAUGUUUUGCGGAAACAAUAUGUCCAGUUUAUGGAAGAGUAUGAGCGAUUGGGUCACAUGACUGAAGUAAACUUGGAUUCCAUGUUGACUCCAAGAUAUUUCAUUCCUCAUCAUUGCGUACUAAAACCAGAUAGUACAACUACUCAACUUCGAGUGGUGUUUGACGCAUCAGCCAAAACUACAUCUGGACACUCGUUGAAUGAUUUAAUGUAUAACGGACCGACAGUUCAAAGUGAACUCUUUUCAAUUCUGCUCCGUUUUAGGCGACCACGGUUUGUUUUCACCACAGAUAUCGAGAAAAUGUAUCGUCAAGUUUUCAUAAAUCCUGAAGAUCGACGCUAUCAACUUAUCAUUUGGAGAAGCAGUCCAAAUUCAACGAUUCGUUAUUAUCAGCUAAACACAAUUACAUAUGGGACUCGAGCAGCUCCUUACCUAGCAACAAGAUGUCUGCAAAAGAUAGCAUCAGAAAACAAGGUGAAUUAUCCAUUAGGAGCUCAAAUCCUGUGUGACAAUUUCUACGUUGACGAUGGGCUCGGUGGAUCAGAUAGUUUAAUUACGGCUAUUGAAGCUCAAAGACAACUAAUCCAUAUUUUGAAGAAGCAUCAUUUUUGUCUUCGGAAAUGGAGCGCAAACCAUCCUCAACUUUUGAAAAACAUUUCUCAAGAUGAUCAAGAGGUAAAUCUAGAUUUCGAUAAUAACGAGUCAAUCAAAACGCUGGGACUAUUUUGGUUGCCCAAAGCAGAUUUAUUUGGAAUUAAGGUCAAAAUGGUUACUGAAGGAAUAAUCACGAAGAGAGUCGUUAGUUCUGAUUUAGCUAGACUGUUCGACCCACUUGGUUUAUUAGCACCAGUAAUAGUCAAAGCAAAGAUUUUCAUACAACACUUAUGGCAGUUGAAAUUAUCUUGGGAUGAACCACUUCCUACAGAUCUUUGUACAACAUGGUCAACAUUUAGAGAAAACUUAAGUACUCUUGAAAAUCUUCAGGUGGCAAGACAUAUCUUCAGAGGCGAGGUUCCAUCAUCAACACAGCUACAUAUUUUUGCUGACGCAUCUGAAAAGGCAUUUGGUGCUGCAGCAUAUAUCAGAGCAAUUUUAAAAGAUGGUAGAAUAAUAGUGCGACUAUUAUGUGCAAAGUCAGGAGUAACACCACUCAAAAAACAAACGCUACCGCGACUAGAACUAUGUGCGGCAGUCUUAGCAGCGGAACUCUCAGCAAGAGUGAAAAGCGAUCUUCAAGAGAAGGACCAGCCGGUAUUUUUGUGGACUGAUUCAGAAAUUGUGUUGUCUUGGAUCAACUCACAGUCCUCAUCAUUUCAAACAUUUGUAGCUAACAGGGUAGCAAGAAUUCAAACUUUAACUCUGUCUGAACAGUGGCGACAUGUUAGGUCAAAGGACAACCCAGCUGAUGUGUUAUCAAGAGGACUUUCAGCAAGGGCGUUGUCAACAUGUGCACUUUGGUUUCAAGGACCGUUCUUUUUGCAUGGAAGGCAGGAAGUAUGGCCACCAAGGUUUUCAUCAUCAUUACAAGUUCCAGUCGAUCUGGAGAAGAAGAAGGUUGUAGCUGUAGCAACUCAAAGCAAUGACGCAGAUUUCAUAUACAGGAUUCAGCACAAAAAUUCAUUUAAGACGUUACAAAAGAUAGUAGCAUAUGUUCUUAGAUUCACUAACAACGCAAGAAAAUCAAAGGAGUCACGUGCCACACAUAUAGUACUUAGUGCCAACGAAUUGGAUGCAGCAUUAAUAACUAUAAUAUUUCACAUUCAGGGUAAUGAUUUUCAUGAAGAAAUCAAACAACUGAAGAAACAAGGUCAUGCUGAUAAAUUUAGUUCAAUCAGUAGUUUAUCUCCAUUCAUUGAUAAUGCAAAUGUUCUUAGAGUAGGAGGACGCUUAGAAGCCUCAUCAUUACCAUACGAUUCUAAACACCCAAUGCUGAUCCCAUACAAUGAUCCAUUGGCAAAAUUAUUAUUCGUGAUGUUCCAUGAAGAAAACAAGCACUGUGGCCCGCAGGCACUAUUGAGUAUAAUCCGACAACGUUUUUGGCCGAUUAAAGGUAAAUCAACAGCCCGAGCAACGGUUCAGCGAUGCAUUCGAUGCAACAAAGCACGUCCGCAAUUAUGCCAACAAAUUAUGGGCAAUUUACCAGAAUCAAGAAUAACUCCUGCAAGACCUUUCAUUAAUGCUGGUGUAGAUUAUUGCGGACCAUUUUGGAUCCACUACAAGGUGAGAGGCAAAAAGCCAACAAAGGCAUAUAUUGCUGUCUUUUGUUGCUUUUCUACAAAGGCGGUACAUCUCGAGUUAGUGACCGAUUUAUCAACAAAUGCUUUCAUUGGAGCAUUAAAACGAUUUAUAAGUCGACGAGGGCGUUGUUUGAAUAUUUACAGUGAUAACGCAACAAACUUCGUAGGCGCCAAAAACCAGUUAGCAGAAUUAGAAGAAAGCAUUUAUUCUAAUGAAGGACAAGAAGCAAUAAUCUCUGCCUGCAGUACCACAGGAAUAAACUUUCAUUUUAUUCCACCAAGGGCUCCACACUUUGGCGGUUUAUGGGAAGCAUCCGUAAAGUCCGCAAAAUAUUUGUUACUACGCAGCGUUUCAACAGCAUCAUUGACGUAUGAAGAACUCGAAACAGUAGUGGUGGAAAUUGAAGCGACAUUAAAUUCACGACCAUUGACUCCAAUGUCCAAUGAUCCAACUGAUUUGACAGCAUUAACUCCAGGACACUUAUUAAUUGGAGAAGCUCUUACAACUCAUGUAGACAGCCGAUCGAAACCAGAAAAACACACGUUAUUGUCACGUUGGAACCUAGUUUCCCAGUUAAAACAUAAUUUCUGGAAACGCUGGUCUAACGAAUAUUUAAUGGAACUGCAACAACGUAACAAAUGGAAAACACAAUCUGCCAACAUACAGUUAGGAGACAUGGUUAUAAUCAAAGAAGAUAACGUCCCAGUGAUGCAGUGGCCCUUGGGACGAAUUGUACAUGUGUACAAGGGUACAGAUGGACAUAUCCGAGUAGCUGAUGUUAAAACAUCGGCAGGCAUUUUUAAACGCCCAAUUCAUCGAUUAGCUAUACUGCCUGUAAAUACAGAUGAUCAACCAACAAUGGCUGAAGCUGAUCACGAAGUACCUCCUGACAAGUUAAUUAUGAAAGAUAGAAAAGAGUCGUAUGAAGAGCCCAAGACAAAACGUAGAAAACUGCCGACCAAUUUGUACUGUUCUGUAUUACUUACAUUAUUACUGAUAUUGCCAAUAGUAAUAGGAUCUCCAAUUGACAAUAAAAGGUUUGGCACAAAAUUGGGUAUUCACUUUGAAAAUCUGGGCACAACUGCCAUAUCAACCACUGAAUGGAAUCUACUAGUUUAUUAUGAUUUAAGUCUUUAUUGGACGGAAGCAGCAGCUCUAAACACAGGAAUAAUGUCGCUACAUCAAACUUGUCAACAAAUGAAACCAAACGCAUCAUGUGCGAAUACAGUUAAUCACUUUAAACAUAUUGGAUCCGAACUACAACUUGAUGAUAAAUUACUUCAUGAUCAUCGCUUCAAAAGAGGAGCAAUUGACCUUGUAGGCAAUAUUGCGCAUUCACUGUUUGGAGUAUUAGAUUCAGAAUAUGCCAAAGGAAUGUCAAAUAUAAUUACAGAAACAUCAGUUGUCGAUUCAACAAUCAACAUAAUGAAGAAAGAUAAAAUAGCAGUUCAAGAAGGUUUUGACCACAUUGACAAUGAAAUAAAGGCAUUGAUAAAUUCAAUAAAAGAUACAAAUAGAGAGGUAAAUCAAUUACGGCUCAAUCAAGUUUUCAAUGCAGGAGCCAUUCAAUUAACACUGGUAGCACAUAAUCUACAGAAGAUACAAUCUGCCAUUAUAGAUGCUCUAACUGAUACUCAUCAUGGAAAAGUGAAUCCAUUGUUAUUGACACCAACACAAUUACAAAAGGAAGUUAAUCAAAUCAAACUUCAUUUAUCACCAUCAUUAGAAUUACCGAUGCCGGAAGAUGAGUUAAUAUCCCUUUACAGACUAAUGAAGGUUAAAGGUGGAAUCACACAGCGGCAACAGUACACUGUCAACGAUACGUAA